AUGGCGACAGGAGGCGGCUUGUUCGGGUCCACAGCGGGAUCGUCGCUGUUCGGCCAGCAGCAGACCACCCUCGCGGCGCCUUCGCUGUUCGGUCAGCAAACCCCUGCCACGCCUUCGCCGUUCGGCCAGCAAACUCAAGCCGCCGCGGCGCCGUCCCUUUUCGGCCAGACGACCCCCGCAGCGCCCUCGCCGUUCGGCCAAUCAGCUCCAGCAUUCGGCGCUGCGUCCACGCCCGCGUUUGGCGCCGCUUCUAGCUCCGCCUUUGGUGCUACGCCUACCUCCGCAUUCGGCGCUGCUUCCACUCCCGCUUUCGGAGCUGCCGCCACCCCCGCGUUUGGCGCUGCGUCGACGCCCGCUUUCGGCACAUCUACCUCCGCAUUCGGCGCAUCUACCUCCGCAUUCGGCGCUACAACUACCUCCGCAUUCGGCGCUACCCCUACCUCCGCAUUCGGCGCUACCCCUACGUCCGCAUUUGGCGCCGGUUCCGCGACGCCUGGCUUCGGCGGUCAACUAACCCUAUCCCAACCGCAGCAGCAGCAGCAGGGGGCGCUGCAACAGGCGCAAUUCGCGGCGCAAUCCGCGCAGUGGUCCGCGGCGCUUCCGGAAAGGGAGGUGGCCGCGAUCGCCGCCGCGUAUUUCGGCGACGCGCGGAACCCGCUAGGGCGGUUCGUGAGCCCGUUCCUAAGCGUCACGCACCCCCUCGCGCGCUUCCGCCCGCCGAACGUCCCCGAGCUGACGUGGCAGGAGGCGAUUGGCCUGCUGGCGGCGGCUGGCCCGGAAAACCAGGCGGAUGGGCUGUGGCCGGAGAUGGUUUGCGGAUUCUCGGGAUUGUCGAAGAGAUUGCAAGUGCAGGACGAGACGAUAGAGGCGGAUAGGCAGAGGUUGGAUGCGGUGGAAGCGGCAGUGGGGCAGGUGAGGGCGCACGUGGUAGCAGUGACAGAGGGACGGCAGGGGGCGGUGAGGCAGAGACAGCAGCAGCUGCAGCAGCGGGUGCUGCGACUGAUGCGACUUGUCGAGAUCAUGGAGCUAAGGACAUCUCCCCACGUCCCUCUCUCACCAACAGAGCUGCUUCUAUCAGACAGGCUUCAGUCCCUCCUCCGUCUGCUGUGCAGCGGAGCAUCAGAACUUCCCAGAAAGGUCGAAUCCCUCGCUGCAGCAGCCAGCCUGCUGGCCGAUGGGGGGGGAGAGGGCGGGGGCGCGGACACAGGCGCAGGGGGAGCGGCAGGGGGAGCAGGGGGGGCGGGGGAGGGUGGGGGAGUGAGGGUGGAGGAGUGGAGUUUGGAGAGAAUGAGGGGGGUGGUGGCGACACAGGCCGAGGCGGUGGGGCGGCUGGCGCAGCUGGUGGAGAGAGAUGAGGCUCUUAUCAAGGAGCUUGCCAAGAUACGGACAGGCCGCGCCUCCCCUGGCCUCCUUGACCACGUGCACGUGGAGGCAUAUGGGCGCCCCUCGCCAUUGUCACGCAUCGCCACAGUCACAGUCAAGGACCCUCAACUUCUCUCUGUCACACUCCACGACGCGUCACUGCUGGGAGCAGCAAUGAAGGGUCUGCAAGAGUCGCCCAUGGGUCUGAACCCCUCUCACACCUCGCACACUGUCAUCCUCGUGCCCAUCCCCAAGUUGACCAAGGAAGUGAGAGAGGCAAUGUUCAAGCUCGCUCAGAAAGCGGCAGAGUCUGCGAGAGUGAGCUUGCGGCGGGCAAGGAAGGAGGGGAUGGACGCGAUAAAGAAAGCAGCAGACGUGAUUCCCGAGGACGAGCGCAAACGAGCAGAAAAGAAGGUGGAGGAGGCAGUGGCAGCGGCAAAGAAGCAGUUAGAAGCAAUCUGUGAGACCAAGGAGAAAGAGCUGAAGGGGUAG